AUGGAAGAGAUGGCAUUACCAAUGAAUCGUCCCUUUGGUGUUCCUGAAAAGCCAGGAUUCACUGUUGGGUUGGAUGUACCAUUUACCAAGUUGAAGAUGGAACUUCUCAGCGAACCUGCGUCCAUCAUUCUGUUGACUGGUUUUGGAGGAUCUGGGAAAACCACUCUGGCUACGAAACUUUGUUGGGAUACACAAAUCAUGGGUAAAUUCAAGGAAAAUAUAUUAUUUUUCACCUUCUCUAGGGCUCCUAAAUUGAAGAUUAUUGUAGAAAGACUAUUUGAGCAUUGUGGAGACCAAGUGCCUGAGUUUCAAAGCGACGAAGAUGCCGUUACUCAAUUGGGACUUUUGCUGAGGAAAACUGAUGCAACUCCUGUAUUACUGGUCCUGGAUGAUGUCUGGCCUGGCUCAGAAGCCAUAGUUGAGAAAUUUAAAGUUCAGAUAUCAAGUUAUAAAAUUUUGGUGACUUCAAGAGUUUCAUUUCCUAGAUUUGGCACUCCACUCAUCUUAAAACCUCUUGUUCAUGAAGAUGCGAUAACCCUUUUCCAUCACCAUGCUCUCUUCAAGAAAAGCAGUUCAUAUAUUCUUGACGAAGAUCUGGUCCAAAAGGUGGUGACACAUUGCAAGGGUUUACCGCUUGCCAUUAAAGUUAUUGGUAGAUCACUAAGUAAUCGACCUUAUGAAUUGCUGCAAAGGAUGGUGGAGGAAUUGUCCCAAGGUCAUUCUAUACUUGAUUCCAACACUGAAUUACUUACUUCCCUCCAAAAGAUCUUAGAUAUCUUGGGAGAUAAUUCCAUAAUCAAAGAAUGCUUCAUGGACUUGGCUUUAUUUCCUGAAGACCACAGAAUUCCUGUUGCCGUUCUCGUUGAUAUCUGGGUAGAGUUGUAUGGACUAGAUAAUAGUGGCAUAGAAGUAAUGGCCAUUGUCAACAAAUUAGACUCCAUGAAUUUGGCUAAUAUCUUCGUAACAAGGAAAAAUACAAGUGACAUAGACAAUUACUACUACAAUAACCAUUUUGUAAUCCUUCAUGAUAUUCUAAGAGACUUGGCAAUUUAUCAAAGCACUCAAGAACAAACUGAACAGAGAAAAAGACUCAUGAUUGACAUGAACGAAAAUAAACCUGAAUGGUGGCGUAGGGAGAAACAGCAAGGCAUUAUGAUUUGUGCUCGCACAUUGUCUAUAUCAACCGAUGAAACUUUCACUUCAUAUUGGUCCCACCUAUUACCAGCUCAAACUGAGGCUCUGAUUUUAAACCUUCGAGCUAAUCAGUACUCCUUUUCAGAGUUCCUGAAAGAAAUGAGUAAACUAAAGGUUCUGAUUGUCGUAAAGUAUGGUUCCCAUCCUUGUGAAAUCAUCAAUUUUGAGCUACUUGGCUCACUAAACAACCUAAAACGAAUCAGACUAGAGAGGAUUUUUAUUCCUUCCUAUUACAUAUUAAAGAAUCUUAAAAAGUUAUCCCUCUACUUGUGCAAUACAAGACAGGCUUUUGAAAACCAUAACAUGCUAAUUUCUGAUGCUUUUCCAAAUCUAGAAGAUUUGAGUAUUGACUAUUGCAAACAUAUAGUGGGAUUACCCAAGGGUCUAUGUGAUAUCACCUCCUUGAAGAUGCUCAGUAUUACUAAUUGCCAUAAGCUUUCUGCAUUGCCCCAAGAAAUUGGAAACUUGGUGAAUUUGACGCUUCUGAGGCUAAGUUCUUGUACUGAUUUGGAAGGGAUACCGAAUUCUAUUGUAAAACUUUCAAAUCUAAGACACAUGGACAUCUCAAACUGCAUUAGCCUUCAUAAUUUACCAGAGGACUUCGGCAAUCUAUGUAAUCUUAGAAAUCUGUACAUGACAAGUUGUGCAAGGUGUGAAUUGCCACCCUCAAUCGUCAAUCUUAAGAAUUUAAAGGAAGUGGUAUGUGAUGAAGAGACGGCUGCUUCAUGGGAACCUUUCAAACAUAUGCUUCCCUAUCUAAAGAUAUAUACUCCUGAACUUGAUGUUAACUUGAAUUGGCUUCAUGCAAUGCACUUUUAA